AUGGUGUUGUGCAUUAUGACAUCUCGGACGGUUAUGUUUGACACGCAAGCCUUUGUGUCAUCUUUUCCGAGUCCUCCAAUGCUAAUGCCGUGUCCAGGGCCACAAUUAAUGUUGUGUAUGUACACAUUUGAGCUGCGAAUGAGCACAUCUUUGGAGUUCUGCAAAUGUAUUCCAUCAGUAUUUGGGCUGUUGCCCGGGGACGAAACCGUAAAAUUGUACACAGACACUCCAAUGCAGUUGUCAAACUUUAGAUGGCACUGCGCGCUGUUUUGGAUUGUGAUGCCAGUGACUGUUACAUUAAAACUCCCAGGAUCUUCGUCAAAAGGAGAGCUUUCCCACCAAACGGCCCCAUUUCCAUCUAUUAAGCCGCUCCCUUUGAUUGUGAGCCCGACAAGUUUGGAAAACUCGAGCCAUUGGAGAAGGCCCGAACCCCAAGGGCCCGAGCUUUUGGGGGCAAUUAUUUAUGGGCCGGAAAACGAAAUGGGGCCCACCAGAAAUACAUAUUCUGCGGGAACAUUUAUUACAGAGGCUUCAACCUUGCAAGCAGCUGCCCACGCAGCUUGGAAUGCCUACGACCAACUUCCGGUGGCGGCAAUGGUGGCGGUGGAACUGCCGGAGGAGGGCUUUUCACAGCUCCAGCUGGCGGCAAUGACGGCGGUGGAACUGCCGGAGGAGGGCUUUUUACAGCUCCAGCUGGCGGCAAUGGAGGCCGGGUUUUGUAGAUUGUCUCCAAUGUCUUCCAACUCUUCUUGCAUUACAAGUCUCCAUCUAAGGACACUUCUGAUAACUAUCCAUGCCAAUGCCAACAAUUUGGUUUGGUGCAUUGCAUUCUGUAGGAUUUCGUGGAAUAACCCUGUUUUAGUUAAUGUAUGA